UGGUCUACAUCUACAUCUACAUCAAAGCGCCGGUUGUAAAUUGUAUCAUCAUAAUACGCACCACGAGCAGCAUCGCCAGGUAGGCGCUGGAUAGCGAUAACAACGUCGGUUCUAGUUGUUUACAUGCGAGAGUUUGACGACCCAGAGGACGGUCUCCGUCCACGUAGGGACGCACGUAGAGGCUCCUUUUAUUGAAGAAAAUUUAUUGCAAUCCACAACUAUGAAGAGAGUGAUCAUUUUCCUUAAUGGCACUGAUGUCAACGGCAAGGUGUUUGUGGUGACUCAUUCAUUAGACGAAUUGUUGUUAGCGGCCGGUGCGAAAUUCGAGAUAACUGCAAAGAGGAUCUUCACACCACAGGGUGGCGAGGUUGACGAUAUCAAGUUAAUUAGAGAUGAUGAUAUUUUGUACGUCUCAAGUGGAGAGGAUUAUAUACAAAAAGAUAAGAUACAUAGUAACAAAUUAAAUAAAAAUUCAGAAUGGAUUACGCUGAACGUUGGGGGAAAAUAUUUUACCACAACUAGGGAUACCUUAACGAAAAAGGAGCCUAUAAGCAUGUUAGCAAGAAUGUUUACGGAGAGCACGGACACUGAGAAUGCGAUACAGCCGAGUAAACAAGAUCACCUUGGAGCGUAUCUGAUCGACAGGAGUCCUCUGUAUUUCGAGCCGCUAUUAAAUUAUCUAAGGCACGGCGAAGUAAUACUUGAUUCCAAUGUGAAUGUAGCUGGGGUGUUGGCGGAGGCUCAUUUCUAUGGCAUCGAAGGCGCCAUACGAAUUCUCUCAGCGAUUGUGGAGAAGGAGGAACUGCAGAAAGAGGGUCUUAAAUCGUUGACCCGCAAUGAUGUACUUAAAGCAAUCAUGUCAACGCCGACCAAUGCAGAGCUCAGGUUCCAGGGAGUCGACUUUGUCAAAGCCGAUCUUUCCAAGCUAGAUCUCAGGAACAUCAAUUUCAAGUACGCUAUUAUGCACCACUGCAGUCUGGCAGGUGCCAAUUUGUCUGGAUGCUGCUUCGAGCGGGCCGAUUUGUCCCACGCGAAUCUGCAGGGCGCACAAUUAAUGUGCGUCAAAAUGUCGUGCGCAAACCUAGCCGCGGCGAAUUUACGUUCGUGCAACUUCGAGGAUCCCGGCGGUUUGCCCGCGAACAUGGAAGGCGUGAAUCUGAAAGGCGCCAACCUCGAGGGCAGUAAUAUGGCGUCUGUUAAUCUGCGCGUGGCGACGUUAAAAAAUGCCGUCCUGAGAAAUUGCGUCCUGAGGUCUGCUGUUUUGGCCGGUGCGGACCUAGAGGUGCUGUUUGUUCAUCACGCAUCGUUGUUUCAACAUAAUGCUGUGAUUUAUCUGGCUCCGAUCUGCAGGAUGCAAAUCUUCGUGGCGCCAAUCUGAAGGACGCCGCCUUCGAGUUAAUGCUAACACCGUUACACAUGUCCCAAACGAUACGAUAACAAUGAAAGUCACACUGCGCACGUUGUUGCUGCAGCUGGAAUUCUACAGGAAUGAUAGUAUUUCAUAUGAUUUAUAUAAAUUUCGGUAAUGGACUAGGAGCAACCAAGUGGCUAACGUUAUAAUACUGAAUUCUUUUAUCUUUCUCUCUUUCUUUCAUAGACAACACAGAAACUGUUGCUUUUUGACGAAAUUUUAGGUGGAUAUAAUAGAUUUGUUCUUUGUAGCUAUCAAAUUUAUGCUAUCAUUGUGCUGUUGUAACGCCUGUCAUGUCUAUAGUGCUUAUCGGCGUGGCGCGAAGAAGCAAACGUACUAAGCUGAUUCUAUUGAUCGUUCAUUGAUGUGUCGUACAACGGAUACAUUUAUCGAAUCGGUCGGCAACAAAAAUCAUGGCCGAUUGUUCCGUCAUAUCACGUAAACGUUAAUGACAUCAGGAUCGCGAUGUUUAAGGGGUUACAUACCUCCAGAAUUUUCAAACAAUCGAUUUUUUUGUAUUACUGAUUUUCAUUCUUUAUACUUUUAAAAAUAUAAUAAAAAAAGAAUUAGUGAAAAAUUCCAAUCCGUAACGAAGAUAUAACAAUAAAUAUGACCGCGCGUCAGGAGGCGGGCCGCGGCGCAGGCUACCGCAAAUAAGCUCGAACAGCCCACAGAUUACAGAAAACUGUACAAAAUAUAAAAAUUAUCGAGAAAGAAGGCACGCAAUAUGAAAUUGGAAUGGGAGAUUAAGCUCACUACAAAAAUUAAUAUUUACACGAUUUUUACUUCUCAAACUUUAAACGCGUUUUUCUCGAAACCAGUUUUUUUGACACGGUCGGCACGAUAACUCGAAUAGUUUUCAAUAUUUAAAAAAAUUUUUUGUUCUCAAAUCUUCGUAAUCGUUUUGUCUAUAGUCUGUCGAGCCAUUUUUUUGCAAUUUUGUUUAAUACAAUGUUUAUAAACAAUUAAAGACCGAAAUUUUUCAUGAAAACAUGAAGUUCAAUUUUGACUGGCAUAAAUUAUUUAUUUUUUUGAAAUUAAAAAAUCUGGCUCGACAGACUAUAACUACAACAUUACUUUACAAGAAAUUUCUUGCAUUUGUCAGAUCCAUCAAUGUUACAAGAAGAUAUCAUGCCGACUCUGAGGGGACAUUUUUUUAGCAGCGGUCCAAUUAAUGCCACAAAACUUCAUUUUAUUAAUAUUCAAAAAUUUAUUACUAAUUAUUUUUUUACACUUAAAGGACCAGUAAAUCAUAUGCAAUUCAUAUUUUACUUUAUUAUUUCAGAUAUACCCCCUAAAAAAAUGCCCCAAACAUAUCAAUUUUUCGCCGCUAUGGAGGUAUGUAACCCCUUAAAUUCGGACUCGAUUAUCAGAAGUGCAUGAAAAUAAAGCCACCGAAUUAAUUAAUUUAUAACGAAUAAUAAUUGUUUACAUGUGAUAAUGUUUUUCUCGCUAUUGCGUUACUUAUAAUUGCGUCCAUUCUCUCUCUCUCGCGGGGAGCAAUUGACGUGUGAAGCGUGACGAUGCUUUCAAUUUGCCUUAUCUCGAUUUUGUUGUACAUUAAUUAAGUUUACGCUAGAUUUAGGGAGUCCAUUUCAAUAUUUUAAUCGCGAACAAUUUUUGUGAUAUACAUACGAUAGUUGAUUUGCGUAUAAAUAAAUAAUGCUGUAAAUAAUAGUAAAAUAUGUUAGAGGUAUUAUAGGAAAAGUUUCGAUGUUUAGAUGAUAAUAAAUUGUAGCAGUUCCGUGACUAGCGCACAAAUCGAGACAUUUCGCUUCUCGUGCGAUUUCUAAAGUGGCGCCAUGUAUUUAAUUUUUUACCGUAACUUAUAUGUAGCGCGUAGGUAGGCGACAAUAAUUUAAAUAAAUAUAUGUUUAUACCUGUGAAGUUAC